AUGGUCAACGUUGUGUUCAAUAUUGGAACUGAAGCAAGAUUGUUGCAUACUUGCAAAGUCUAUGGCUCAACUCUACCCUGUUUCCGAGAGAAAAUCUUAGAGUGUGGAGAUGAUCGACAAAGAAGAGUUCUGAACGAAGUCGGUAAAAUGUUGAUGUUCCUUUGCUCUCCAUUCUCCCUUUAUCGACAACGACAAUUGAUCCAACACCAAGAAUGCGUUCGUUCUGUGCUCUCGUUGCCUGCAACGACUGGUUGCGAGGUUCACGAAACUCCGUAUCAGCUUCAAUUGGGUUCAUGCAGAAGAUUGUGCCAACAACAACCGACCAAUUUCAUUUGUUUGAUGAAAACGUGGAUAUCUGAGCAAAAUGUCUGCACUUUGAACGAUGUUGAGCAAAAGUGUGGCGAGGAGGCGGCUGUUUUCUACAGGGAUCUGCAAAAUACAGUCUUUGACCCAGCGUUCCCAGUGCUUUGCGAGAUUGAGCCAGAAGAGGUGAUCAUGGAGACGACCACUACAACGACAACCACUCAAUCACCGACAACAACCACAUCUUAUCUGAUUGUUCAAACAGCGAAAACCGAUCCAAAGAAAGCCAUGUUGUUGAAAAAGAGAGUUAAGAAACCAGCCUUCACCAAUCGAAUUGCCAACGCUACAAACAUCGUUUUCGGAGUUGCGCCUGCCCCUAGAUCUAUUGAUAUCCCAUCAUUUUCCCCGCCAAUCACGACCACAAAAGAACCGACUACAUAUUUUGAGCCGAUCUAUUCAAAUCCCACUGAAUUGCCAAUGAUUUCACCAGCUAGUGCCGACUCGGCUAAUGGUAGUCCAAGUCUGCUCGUUUGGACAAAGCCGAACAACCGGAAACAAGAGUUAAAUGCUGAGCCAGCUAUAACUGAAGAAGCGACCACAUCAAGAUCGGUGAAAGUGAUUACUUUAUUGAAAUCGUGGUUACCAGCUAAACUCCCUGGCGGAUUAGAAUCAUUUUUCCAAUUUGGUGGUGAUCCGACAAAGACAAGCUCUGAAACAACGACAACAACGACGACGACUUUUUCGCCUCUUCUACUUCCAACCAUCUCAUACAGGAAUAGCAAUAAACAAUUCGCUCCGAUUCGCCGCUGGCGUCCUUGGUAUAUGGCGGGUGGAGAGAAUUGGGAUCGAGAC